AUGGCUAAUAGCAUAAUCAAUAGUAAUAGCCAUAGUUUUACUUUAUCUAAAAACUCAAGAUAUUCAAUUUCAACAGGAUACCUUGUAUUGGGAUUAAUUAUUUCGAUAUUGUUUAUUAUAUUAAAUAACAGUGGACUUUCAAUUGUGGAAUAUCCUUUUAUAAAUGAAAUACUGUAUGGAACAAUUAUAGCAUCAACACAUUUAGGUUUUUCAUUAUUUGCAUACCCAGGAAACCCAUCAACCAAAAUUAAUAGAUCGAUUUUUGGACUUUUAUCUGGUACUUUAAUAUUUUAUAUUAUAUUAAUUUUAUUUGGUGCACCAUUUUUAAAAUCAGUUCAUACAACAUUUUUUUAUGGAUAUUUAUUAUCUGCAAUGUGUGUGGUGCCACCAUCAAUUUUGUUAGGUUCCAAUCCACAAAAUUGGAAAGAACUAUUUUUAAAUCAAAACCACAGCAAUAUAAUCGAAACAUGUUGUGUAAUUGUAGUUGUAUCAAGUUUACUCAUGUCAUGGGUUGGUGCUUUCCCAAUUCCUUUAGAUUGGGAUAGACCAUGGCAGGUUUGGCCAAUUAGUUGCGUUUAUUCUUCAAUGUUUGGCCAUAUAUUGGGUUUAUUUAUUUCGACAAUUUAUUCAUUACUAUAUAAAGAAAAAAAAAGUAAAUAA